AUGAGAUGUGAUAUAGCGCCUCAUUAUAAUGCCAUGUGGUAUCAUCCUAAAUACAACAUCCUCUUAUCAUUUGCUCUUAAAUCGUCCCAAAGAAUAUGCUAUUCGAUAUACAAUGAAGUCAAUGCGAAUCCAAUCACUCAGACCAAUAAUGGCCCUCGACCGAUCACAGAUCUCAAAUCUGGUAUGAAAGAGGCUCGGAGGGAGAUGACGGAGGGAGUGAAAGAUGGUGUAAAAGGAUUUGUCAACGGUCCUUUGGAUCCUCUAAAGCGAGGUAAUCUCAUCGGAGGAGUGUUCGGAUUAAUAGGUGGGAGUAUAGGUCUAGUAGUUCAACCUCUAUCAGGUGCCAUUCGUUCAAUAGAAUCUACAACUCGAGGAAUAUCUUCUGAAAUUUCCAAUCCUAAACCUAAACAACUUGCACCUACUGCUGCUACUUCCCCUUCGGACGUGUUGCGUAAACCCCGUAUGGAGAUUAGUAAGUCCCAUGCGAGGUUUGUCAGUAUACAAAGUAAGAGAGAUAUCUUAGACAGGUGGAAGGAGUGUAAGACAUCCGAAAGCGUUUUGGAGAGAAGGAGGAGGAGAGAAGAGAUCUUGAGUGGACGUGGAAGUGGGAGUAGCAGCUGGAGUGCAAUACCAAGGGAGGGGAUUGUCAUUAAAUAUACGAGAGAUAAUCCAAGUGGGAGUGGGGAGCAAGAUAGAGAGAGGAAAUGGUGGAAAGGCAAAGGCAAAGCUUAA